AUGACUGCCGCUGGAACAUCGUCCUCAAUGGACAUUUUGCACCCUGACAAUGGAGGUGUGAAGCUUCAUGGAAUGCGGCCAGAAGCGAGCUUCGGCCCAAUCACCUGGCCCCAUGGAGGAACGAAGGUGGUGAAACGCAGCAUCAAACGUGCCUAUAAAAGAGCUCUGCUUCACGGGGUCAGCUGGUACCGAGGGAGAUGUUUGAAGCCCCAAGACUUCCAAAUCCCUGCACAGGUUUUGCCAGAACAGCCUGCAAGUCCAAAAAUCUCCUUACAGCAACAACAGCGUAGUGGCAGAGGUGGUAAUGAUCCUCACCAGUCCAAAAGACAUCUAAAGUUUCUGCAGUGGAACUCUUCAGGACUUUCACAUGCGCGACUGGAUGAGUUGAAGUGCUGGCUUCACGCCCAAAACCUUGACAUUGUUGUAAUAUUGGAGACGCACUGGCGAUUUACUGGAGAAUGGAGUGAUACAGAUUGGAACUUCAUCCACAGUGGGGAGCCUGGCUCCUCGGGUGCAGGUAUCCUCCUCAUGAUCUCGAAAAGACUUGCCAAGCUGCAGGACCUCCAAUGGAAUGAGGUUCAACCAGGCCGCUUAGUUCAUGCCAGACUGGGUUUUUCUUCACGAAACGUUGACUUGCUUGCAUGUUACCAGCAUGCCAAUACUUCAGGGCAACGACGCCUGGAACACAGACGAAGUUGGUGGUCCCUUUUUGAUUCUUAUUUGACAAACCUUCCAAGAAGGAACGUGCUCAUGGCCUUGGGAGACUUCAAUUGCUCCCUUGAAGCUUGUGGUUCCCAUGUUGGCACGACCAACUUUCGCACUGAUCGGGGGCUUCUACCUGGAGCCCAACAUGCUGAUGCAGGCCAGUUUCUCUCGAUUGUCAGAGCGCAUGGACUUCGUUAUUGGAUCCCUCCAAAUGCUGACAGUGGAUCCACAGGCAUCUCUGCCCAGCAGCGGAAACAGGGACGUGAUGCGUGCUUUCUGAACACUGACCAAUGGAGCCAUUUCCUGAGUGAGUCGGCUCAAAACAUGACUGCCUAUCUCAAUAAGGCGGAGCCCUCAGAUCCUGAUUUCAUUGUCAAACUGCAUGCCAUUGCAGGUGAUGCUUUCAACCGUAGUUUUCCUGCGGGACAUGGUUUGCACACAACUCCUCAUUGGAUAUCCAAUAGAUCGAUCAUUUUGGACAAAUGGCGGCAUCGUGAAAGCUGUAAGCACAUAACAGUGGUGACGCCUAGCAACGUGUUGCAUGCCUGGAUGCACAUCACCCGAUUUCAGGUUCUGAAGCGGCUUCACAAACGUUUUGCCUGGCAGGGACCAGACCAACUUCCCUUGCCGAUUUUGGAUGAUGAUGCCAUGCCCUUUACAGAACAGGACUUGCUUCGAGCUUUGCGGAAUAUUCCCGCCACCAAAGCCGUUGCCAAACCUUUUGUUGCUGGUUUUGUUUGGAAAUCGCAAGCCUCUGUCAUCACUCCUUUUUUGUAUCGAGCUCUAUGCACAUGGUGGAGUGCAGGAGCAGCCUUCCUGCCUCAGUGCUGGAAAGAUGCCUGGAUGAUGCUCAUCCCCAAACCGGGCAAAGCUCCGGUGGUGCCUGAAUCAUUGCGCCCUCUGGCGCUGCAGGAACCCAUCGGCAAGGCAGUGAUAGGAGUGCUAGCUCAGAAAGCCCAAUCUCAAUCACAGUCAUGCUUUGCUUCCUUGCCCUUUUGGGCGUAUUUGCCCUGCCGAUCGACACAACAUGCGCUGCAACGAGUAGCGAUUCACUGCCGUGCGGCCAGAGCACUGGUGAGCUCCCAGAAACCCACGGCUUUCCACCGAUAUCAGAAUCUCCCAAGUUUCAAAGUUUGUGGGGCCAUACAGUUGUUUGUAGACCUGCAACGAGCAUUCGACUGCAUCUCCAGGGUUGACUUGUUUAGCAGACUCUGUGACGUCGGUGUGAACACCAGGAUUGCUCAGCUACUUGCCAGCUGGCACUGCCAGACACACUACCAUGUUGCGGUAGGAGGGCACAGCCAUGCACUGCCUGUUGGAUCUGGCGUACGCCAGGGAUGUAAGGCUGCACCCUGGUUAUUCAACGCCUUUCUGGCUCUGUACAUGCAAGAUUUGGAAGCUCAUAUUGACAUGACUUGGCUUAGAGAUCACCUUGAUCUCUACGCCGACGACUUUCGGGUUGGUUGCUUGUUCCAUAGCGAGUAUGAGUUAAAGCUGGUUUUACGUAAGUUUGGUAUUCUCCUGGAGCAAUUACAGCUGCAUGGCCUUACCAUCAAUACUGCAAAAUCAGCUAUCUUGCUCACCAUGGCUGGGACCUCCUACCGAGAUGUGCGCGCCAAACUUGUGACCCAGACUGCGGAUGGUCAGUGGAUCAAAAUAUUGGGCACCCAAGGGCAGCUCUUUCAGAUUCCACUUGUCAAGAAGCUAAAAUAUCUUGGUUGCAUUGUCAGCUACGAUCGCAUGGAGACUGACACGCUCAAACAUCGACUGUCCCUCAUGAAGAUUGCAUUUGAUCGUUUGCGCAAGUGGCUCACAGCUAAACAUGGACUGACCUUGCCAACCAGAAUGCGACUCUGGCAGACAUGUGUUGUACCAGUUUUGACAUAUGGGAUUUUUGUGAUUGGAGUGACACCAGCAGAUCUGCAACGAGUUCAGGUCACGAUGUUUACCAUGAUCAGACAGAUUUUGCACAACCACUCAUAUCGCACUGGCAUGACACACAAUGCAGUUCUGAGCCACUGGAACCUUUUGCAUCCGCUAGUUUUGCUUUGGCAAGCUGCUGACUCCCUAUUUCAGUCAGUGACCCAGUGCCUACCUGGUUUGCGAUCAGAUGACGUUGCGAAAACCAUUGAUUGGACUGGCCUUGCAGAGGUUAGAGACAUGAUUUGGAACCACUACCUCACAGGUCUGACCGUGCCUGGUACCGCUUCACUGCCAGUUGCCCAGGCAGAUGACAUUAUCACUUGUGAAAUUUGUGGUUUCUUGUGUCAACAUGUGAGUGCACUUAGACGUCAUUACACUCAGACCCAUAAGAUUACACCGCACCUCACCUUUGUGCUGCACCGCCAGUUGCCACCUGACCAGCUUCCGACUGGUCUGAACCCUGAACGGCAUUUUGCCGACAUGUCCAACCCAGAUGCUGCAGUCAGAGGCUGCACAAUGCUCACAGACCAGGAGCUUGCCUUCUUUCGCAGCCUUGAAUUUGGACCACGUUUGCAAACCCUGCUCCAAAACAGACAGUGGCAACAGAUCCUGCGAGAUAAGGCAGCCUGCCAAUAUAUGGCGCACAAAUGCAUCUUCUGUGGACAAUUUGUUGGCAGAGCACAUGCUAUGCACUUGCAUAUGAGGACGGCCCAUCCCAUGGAUCAUGAUGCCAUCCACACCAAGGCCACUCAGCUCACCAAUAUGCAUUGUGAUGAAACACCAUGUGAUGCCUGCGGUGUUACAUUCCUGUACAAUCAUGGGUGCAAUGUGUGGUAUCAGAUUUCAGCCCUCCUGGUGCACGGAGCUGGGCACUUUGCCCCCUCUAGCUCCUCUGAUACCACCGACAAACUGACGUGUGCCAUUUGCGAUCUCAGGUGCCCUGAUGCCAAUGCGCUGCACUUGCAUUUGAUUGAUGUGCACAAAUUAGUGAGUAGCUCAUGGAAUGCUAGCAGAGACAGCCUUGCAGGUGAGCCGGCAUGCAGUCAUUGCCACAGUUUGUUUGAGACCAUGGAAGGCCUUCGCAGUCACAUCAACCAGGGUCGCUGCAGAGCUUUCAACCCAGAAGCACCGACAGAAUCAAAGCCAGUAGAUCCAAACUGGGUCCUUGCUUGCUGCAAAGGUCAGAUGAGACAGAUCCUUAGGGAUGCACGUGUGAGAAUGCUAGUUCCAAAGGGUUUUCCAGCUGCGCUGCGUUUCAAACUUGAACAAUGCCUGAUCAAUCAUGAUCUGCGACCGCUCUGGAAUGAGGAUGACUUGAUGCAAGCCCUGAGCCAUCAAUGCUUGCUUUGUGGCCACAUUUGUCCAACAGCAGAACUUUGUCUUCACAUGUAUGAGGACACUUCAAGGCUCAGUGUCCCUGUGUACUUCAGUUGGCAGCUGUCCUUGCCUCCUUGCAUCAUGGCGGAAGAUUGGCAGAUGGACACCGAAGAUGCUUCCAGCCAGGUGUUCCAGGCGUUUCGCAGUCUGGCCCCCUUUCUGGAUGGAUCACUGAAGCUGACGCCCAACCCGGGAGCUCUCAAGAGACAAAAGGUCCGCCCAGACAGCAAGGACCUCAAGGACGACAAAAGCAACGUCGACUCCGGUCUGACGCCAGCCCUUCAGGUGAUGGCCAAGAUGCUGAUCCAUCUGGACAGAGAUCAGCAACUGCAGAAACGCGAGGACACAUACAUCUUCUUCUUCAACAGCGCGGAGGAGACAGGGUCCCUGCACCUGCUUCGCAAGACGGCAGAACAAUGGCACAACCAAUCGACACAGGGAGCAUCAUCAUUGAGGACACCGCUGAGGCAGCUCCUGUUACAGAAACUGUUUCAGGAUCUCAUGGACAGGAUUCAGAAGCUCCUGGAUGCCCCGGAGGGAUCAGAACUGAUGCAGAAGGCGAUGGACGCCAUGAUUCUCCUGCCAGAUCGAACCUUCCCGUACCUGGAAUGGAAUCCAAUCAAGAAGGCGCUGCAGGUGUCCAAAAAGACACCCCUGAGCUUGAACAAAAUGCACCAGAACUGCACAGAGAUGUUGGACAUGCUGAGUCAGCCUACGGGCGGACAGACCCUGGGAACUACUCCAAGCCCUUGCAAGUUCCAGCGUUUGGACACUGAUGGCUACGAGCUUGAAGCCUCACAGCAGGAUGCAAUCUCCAUUGGCGCUGCAACUGGAACAAAUGAUGAGCUUAACAACUGGGAAGGAUCACAAGAAAGGCAAGGGCAAGGGCAAGAGUCACAGACCCUCGCCGCAGACCACCAAGAAGGAGCGCAACACACCAUGACACGCACCGAUAUGAUGUCGAUUCUCUCUCAUGCCGUUAUGGAGAAUCCCAACAACUGGUGCUUUGCCAAUGCAGCUGUCCAAUCGCUGCUAUGGUGUAUGCUGAGCCUGACACAUUUUGAUCCGAACAUGUGGGGUUUGCAAUGCAGUGCUUUAAUGAAUUUUCUUCAUAAGUUGAACACUCAAGCUGGCAAUCUUUCACAAGAAUCCUUUUUUACUGAAGUGCUGCAGUGCUGGGGACCGGCUGACAUGGCCGCCACUCAAAGUAGCAUCUCACAACAGGAUGCAGCGGAGUUUGUCCAGCAUUGGUUGCAAUUGUUGGCCACUGACACUUUUGACAUGCGAUGGGAGAAACGCCUGACAGUUGCAGAUGAUGUGCGGGUGAUGGACACAAAUGCCAAACAUACUCCCAUUUGUUUCAAGUUCAAUGCGCAAACGAUGCUCAUGCAAACUUGUGAUUUGACCUCCCUCGGCAUUCACUGGCACCAGGAUGAUGGGAUGCUCACAUGUUUGGUGACGGCCUCUGAUUGCUUGUGUCUUCACCUUGACCGCAGUGUACAAGGACCUACUGGAAUUUCCAAGUGCCUUAGCCCGUUGCAGUCUGACACUGAAGUUUUGUUGCCAAUCUUCAUUGAGGGAGAUACUGAUUUUGAUCAUGUUGGAUAUACCAUUGUUGCCCUGAUGGCACAUCAGGGAAGUGAUGGCGCAGGUCAUUAUCGUACAGCCCUAAAGGUGUCACCACAUGUGCGUGAUCGCAUUGACCCUGUGAGCUGGCUUCUUUUGGAUGAUUGGCGCAACCCUGAACCAGUCUGGUCCAUCCAGGAAUUUGGUUACAAUGCAACAACAGGUUGUCAGGGUGAGGGUUAUCGUGGCUCCACAACCACGAUACAAGCAGCAGGAUGUAAAGCCGCCCCCAUAUUGUGGGUGUUUUUCAUGAGCCACUUUGUGGAACUGCUGCAAGAGCACAUCGACCCCAGUUGGCUGCAAGAGGCACUGACAAUGUACGCAGACGACCUGCAUUUUGGGGCCACGUUUUACAACAAAACAGAGUUUCAACUGGCCUUGACUCGACUGGGCCACGUCCUGGAUGUUUUGGAAUCCAUGCAACUCAAGCUGUCUUACGACAAGACCUUUGCCAUAUUAGCCACAGCGGGUUCAAAUGUGACUAGAGGACUUAAAGGAGCAGUCGAGCGUCGAAAAGCUGGUAUGGUCAUCUUGCUUCCACGUGCGGGACAACAACCCAGCGCAAUACCCUUGAGAGCUUCUGGAAAAUACCUGGGCAUUGUCGUUUCAUAUGGCACAUAUGAACGCUUGACAUGGAGGCAUCGCAUGAAAGCUGCCAGAAUUGCGUUUGCUCGACUGAGACACAGGCCCUGCACAGAUGUCAUGCUUGUCAUGACAAGUCCUGCCGAUGUGACGCCUGGAGCUCAUACACAGGAUGGACACAGACCCCUGUCCUCCAUGGACAGGCCUUGGGAUCGACGUGUCAGCACAGAGACACAUCCCUUAGGGACCAGAAUGCCUGCACCCAUUGCUGCAGAAGCCCAAAUUUUUUGGCCAUUGUUGCGUGACGUGGUGCAAACCUCAGCAUACCAUCGAUUGCAAGAAGAUCCACAGAUUGGCAGUUUUCUGGCCCACAAUUGUGUUAUCUGCGGCACAUGGUGCAAUCGGUGCCAGGAAUUACACAGUCAUUUCCGGCUGAACCAUCCCCACCAGAUGCCAGGUGUUUUAGCAAGAGGUGCCCAAAUCACCCAUCAGAUUGCUUCCCCAACACCGUGUGUGCUUUGCCAGAAGCCUUACAAGAGAAAUCAUAGCUGUCCAGUGGCCACCCAAGUGGCUUGCUUGCAACUACAUGGACAAGACUCCACUGCCAAUUCUGAUGCCCUGAGGACUUGCAUCAUAUGUGAUCUCCUCUUGCCGGAUAUGGCGCAAUUGCAUCAACACCUGGGUCGAUGCCACGAUCUCCAGAUCCCAGACUGGUGCCCAGCCAGGGACUCCUUAGAGGGGUCCAGUGCGUGUGCGCACUGUGGCACUACAUUCGAGACACAAAGUGGCUUGCGCCGUCACAUUUUGGACGGUCGCUGCGAGCGGUUUGACCCAGCGGCGUCACCGCAGCCACUGGAUGCGGCCACAAAAUGGACUGAGGUCUUGCAGCAAGGAGAGCUGACCAGGAGCACUCUGACUCCAGCCCAGCGCCAAGACUUGACAUUAGUGUGUCAGUUAUGUGGGCAGCGCUAUGGACGCCAAAAUGAUCUUGGCGCACAUCUCCAACAUGCACACAGUCAGCUCUGGCAGGCAUCCCAGGAAACACUCAGAUUCCUGAUUCAAGCGGUCCAAGCCAAACAUGGGUGUCAAUGCAACCCCAGCUGCCAUGAACAAGGUCGCACACAUGUGUGUACGUUGCUGCGUCAAUUUUCCAUGAUCUUCAUGCUCAGUCAACAAGAAACAUUGGUUCCGACGCAGUUUCUCCUUGACAGGCUGCAGGUGUGGCUACAAAACAUUGAAUUCUUGCCCAUGUACAGGACGAUCCAUGACACGCUGUACACCCGACAAUUUGAAGAUUUGUGGCAGCAACCGGGCCUGGCAGGCUUUCUCAGCACCUGGUGCGUUCAAUGUGGCCUCCAACAUCAUCCAGCUGCACUUGUGGUGCAUCACUGGCAACAACAUCGAGACAACAGUCAGUGGGCGGCCCAGAUCAAGUACCAGAUUCUGCGCAACUUCUGCUUCCACUCGAUGGACGAGACGAUGCCAGACCUGGAUCCGAACGACAUGGAGCUUUUGGCCUCCUUCCGGGAGCUGGGGCCCCUUCUGCAAGCGGCCAGCCGCUAUCAAAGAGACCUAGAAGAGGAACCCCAUUCCAAGCGUCCCAAGCAAGAAGUGGGACACGAGGAAGCCAAACCAGUGGUCGUCCAACCCCAGGUACAGGGAGCCAUGAUGGGCAUGAUGAAAGUGAUGGCCAGGUUAUUGCUCCAACACGAACGGAGCAUACAACUGCUUCACAGACAGGACUCCUUCGUUUUUUAUGCCCAAGUCAGUCCUCAAGGCGCAGUCCCUCUGCUGACACAAGCGGCCGUGGAAUGGAAGGACUUGCAUCAGAAGAACCCCGGCAGUCUGAAGGUACCUACCCUCAGAACACAUCUCAUGAAGACUCUGACGAAAGAGAUCCACCGCAGGGUGCAACAGAUGAGCAACAGCAGCAAGGGCACAGAACUAUGGGACCGAGCAGUAGAACGAGGAGUACUUCUCCCAGACGGGUCAUGGCCGUACCAACGCUGGAGUCACACAGAUCAUCGUUUGAUCCCAGCGGCCAGACCGCCCCUGCCGAUGGCUCGACUCCUGAAGCAGCUUCAGCACAUGGAAGAGUUGCUGGAGGAUUCCACCCAUGUGAUCCGAUUCCAGUCCCUGAAGGCUCAGCCUACAGUCAUUCCCUGGUACCUCCAGAUAUGCAUGCGGACGGACGAGAUCUGGUUGAUCCUGACCGAGCUCCAACAGCUGGCGAUGUGGAGCCUCCUGGGCCUGACAUUGAAGGCACACCAACAGGGGCAAUGCAAGCAGGCCCAGCUCCUGCAGCAAUGCCUUCAACAGAAUCCCAACAAUGCCAAAGGCAAGGGGAAGGGGAAAGCCUCGGGCAAGCACAAGAACCGCUAG